CAUGUCAACGUCCAGAAAUCGACAACGCUGUACCCUCCAGAAGACAUCGAUUCAACCAUGGAUCCAACAUUUCAGGUUCUCUGUUCUCAUGGGUAUAAAUUGAAAAAGGAGAUGCAACAAUUAAGUGCACGGAUGUAGAAUGGCAUGUCAAACGAUCUUUGUCCCAGCCUGUAUUGAACUCGGAUGUGUUAAACCGCCAACAAUAGAAAUGGGGAUUUUCGUCCUAAAAAGGCAAGAUAUCAUCAGGAUGAAGUGGUGGCUUACUCUUGCCUUGAAGGAUAUUAUCUUUUUCGGAGAAAGUUCCUUGCGAUGUGGUCCCAUUGGAUGGCCAGACCCACCAAAGUGCAUCGAUAUGCAAAGUGUAUGCAUGGAUCACUAUCCAUUGGUAGAACAUGGAUUUAUCAACACUGAGAUGAGCUACAAAGCAAGCUAUGAAUGUCAAGCUGGAUAUAAUAUGGAAGGAUCAGAAGUGGUAAUAUGCUCUGAUGGGAAGUGGUCACAACCACCAACUUGCAGUGCUCCUCCAGAUCCAAAACAAGGGUGUAUAGAAAUGCCACCUCCAUUAAAGGAUGGAGACAUACUGGGAUUUGAUUCUCCACCAUUUCGUCCUGGUCAGAUUGUAACAUAUCAGUGUCAGGAUUACUACAUCAUGGAGGGAAAUGAACGUGUUACCUGUUCUGGUGGGAAAUGGUCCAAAUCUCCACGUUGUCUUGAUCCAGAACAAGGGUGUGAUGUAAUGCCACCUCCAUUAAAGGAUGGAGACAUACUGGAGUUUACUUCGCCACCAUUUCGUCCUGGUCAGACUGUAACAUAUCAGUGUCAGGAUUACUACAUCUUGGAUGGAAAUAAACAUGUUACCUGUUCUGGUGGGAAUUGGUCAAAAUCUCCACGUUGCCUUGCACCUUGUAUUUUGACACAAGAAGAUUUUGACAAGAAUUCGUUAUCCUUGAAGUGGAAAAUUAAGAAAAGAAUAUAUAUAAAACAUGGUGAUGCCAUAGAAUUUAAGUGCCCUCGGGGUUUUCAAGUGGAACCUCCUGGAAAACAAGUUUGCCAGAAUGGAAAAAUGGAAAUUCCCAAAUGUAUCAGUGAUGACAGCAUAUCGUGCAUUGCUUUUGACUAUUUUGACUGCCCAACCUGCGCAAGAGAUGAAAUCUGUAUUCAUUAUAAUAUUCGAAACAUAUCAAUGACAAGACCAGAUCAAAGCACAUUGUCGUUAGUUGCUCACCAUGGAGAGAGCGAUGCAUCAUUCUCACUGAAAAGUAACAGGAUCACAUUCAACGUUACAUUCAGUGGAAAUUUCAACAUUCGGUUUGGAAAGACAACUUAAAUCCAGGCUAAGAGUUUAGAAGCUCGAAUGUUGCAAACAGAGGCUCUGCCACACAACAAUUCCGAAAUCAAAGAAUCCUGCACUUCAAAUUCCCAUGUGAUUCAGUGAGCACCGAUUGAGAUAAUUCACUCAUUGGAUAUGUAUUAAAAGUCAAAUGUGAAUUUUAAAUUAAAGUACUGCAACACCACACAAAUUGUAAUCAUUCUCUCUUUUCUCGAUCAUUCUCAAUUUGGGUACUGAAUGAGGGAUAGUUAUAGUUCCUCCUACAGCAAUUAAUUGGAAGGUAUGAAUUGUGAUGGAAUAUUUUGAGCAUUUCUGAAAACUGAAUCUGCAUAUUGUGUCCUGUAUCCAUUACAUUUCUGAAUGUUUAGUUGAUUUUAUGGAUUGCUUUAUUGUUAAUAAUGGAAACAUCAUUAUUCAAAGCAUGAGGAAACGCUUCAAUUGAUCAAGAUGCUUUUAAGGCCACCUUUCUCUGUUGAUGUUGCAGAACCAUGCAGAAGCAGGUAGUGUACAUUGUGCCUUUAUUUUUGAUCAACAAUGGAUGUACAGGUUCAUUUCAUAUCCAUUGAAACUUCAGUUAUAAUGUGUGAAUAUAUGGGUGACAUUCACAGGAGUAGAUCUAAUUCCAAACUUGUUCACAUUUAAUAGAUGCAAUUUAUUUCAUGCUGCUGCUGCUUUGCUACAUUUCAGUUCAUUGUAAUGAAACUUCUGAAUACUUUGGUUGUACUGCAACAACUAAAUAAACAAAUAUUGCAAAA